UUCACCUGCUGGAGGAGCCCUCACUCUCGGUGAUGUAAUGAAUAAGUUUGAAGUCCUUGGCAUUGUGGGCGAAGGAGCAUAUGGAGUGGUGCUUAAGUGCAGGCAUAAGGAAACCAAUGAGCUGGUGGCAAUUAAGAAGUUCAAAGACAGUGAAGAAAAUGAGGAGGUCAAGGAGACCACUCUUCGGGAGCUGAAGAUGCUUCGGACACUGAAGCAGGACAACAUCGUGGAACUGAAGGAGGCUUUUCGCAGGCGGGGGAAGCUCUACCUCGUCUUUGAAUAUGUUGAGAGGAAUAUGCUGGAGCUAUUAGAGGAAAUGCCCAAUGGUGCACCACCUGAUAAAGUCCGCAGCUACAUUUAUCAGCUCAUCAAAGCCAUCAACUGGUGUCACAAGAAUGAGAUUGUGCAUAGAGAUAUUAAGCCAGAGAACCUCCUUAUCAGCUCUGAGGAUGUUCUCAAACUUUGUGACUUUGGUUUUGCUCGUAACCUGUCUGAAGGAACAGAUGCCAACUACACUGAGUAUGUGGCCACAAGGUGGUACCGCUCACCUGAGCUGCUGCUGGGUGCUCCUUAUGGAAAGGCAGUGGACAUGUGGUCGGUGGGGUGUAUCCUCGGGGAGCUGAGUGAUGGCCCGCCCUUGUUUCCAGGGGAAAGCGAGAUUGAUCAGCUUUUCACCAUUCAGAAGGUUUUGGGGCCACUUCCUGCAGAACAGAUGAAACUCUUCUACAACAACCCUCGAUUUCAUGGAAUCAGGUUUCCAUCAGUUACUCAUCCUCAGACUUUGGAGAGACGUUACCAAGGCAUCUUGAGUGGUUUGAUGUUGGACUUGAUGAAGAAUCUGUUGCUGCUAAACCCUACUGAGCGUUACCUAACAGAGCAGAGUUUGAACCAUCCAGCCUUCCAGCCUCUGAGGCAGGCAGAGAGAGAGAGGCCUCCGCCUGCAUCUCCCAACCCGCCACGCUCCUCCAAGAGAAAAACACACCAUCAUGGCGAGAACACAGUUCCUACAAGGAGUCACAGUAAGAGUACAAGUCGUCGUUCCAAUAGCAAAGAAUGUUCCAGCCUCCCUCGCCACGGAGACCUCCAUCACCUCGGCAAUGAGAGUUUUCUCAAUGGCAACAAACCGGCGCCAUCCAGUUUAAGUCCAACACUGCACCCCAAGAGCCAGUACAUGUCCCAGACCCUUAAUCGUUCUGUCUCAUCCAGCAAAGACCUGGCUAACAACAACCUGCCACACCUCCUGAGUCCCAAAGAAUCUAAAAGCAAGACAGAGUUUGACUUCAAUUUGGGGCCCUCCCCAAAGCUGCCAGACCAGGGACAUGGAGCGAAAUAUGGUCACGGCAAAUCCAACUCCUCUCGCUCUCAGCAGCAACAGCAGCAACAGCAGCAGCAGCAGCAGCAGCAGGCCAGUCGCCACACUUUCCUGGAAAACAAAACUAACACACUACAGUCUGGAGCAGAAAAACAACACAGCCGACAUGCCCACAGUAUGGCUGACUCUGCCCACGGGUCUAUGUCCUCAUCCUCUAAGAGUUCAGCGUCUUAUCUCAGCCUGUCCAAGAGCCACAGUGGGCUAAGUGAUGCCAAAUCUGUGGGGAAUCUCAGCGAUGGUCGACUCCACCCAGAUGACCCAAACUCUAACACGACAGCUGGAGUGGGACCCAGUGCCCGCUUCUUCCCUGCCAGCUGUUUGGACCUCAACACCCCUUCAGGUCCCUCUGGGCCUCCUGGGAGCCCCUCUACCCGACACAGUGAUCGAUCUGGACACAGUCCCGCCUCUCGUAGCAGCGGCAACGCCCGCAUGGAGAGCAGCACACUGGACUCUUCAUCCAGACACAAAUCCAGACAUAAAUCUUUAGCUCCAGAGGAUGCUGGGGCUCCAGAGCUCAUGGACCCAGGAGGAGCAGGGAUGCCCUCCACUCACACUCUGCCUUCCCCUCAUGAGUCUUAUCAUUACGGACUCGGCUAUACCUCGCCUUUCUCCUCUCAGCAGCGGCCGCAGCGUCACUCCAUGUAUGUGAGAAGGGAACGCCACCGACCCCACGGGGCAGAGAGCGUAAUGGCAGGCUUGCCUCCACCGGGGCAAGCGAUACCAACACGAGCGAGUAGCCUGCAGCUCCUCUCUCCACAGCUGCAGCACAGGACCACCCUCGCUGGACACUCAGUGAGCUCUUCAAGAGAGGACUGCACGGACGACAUGACGAGGGUUAGUGGCAGAAAGCCUUACAAGUGUGGUGGGGACUGA